AAAAAUUUCAACCCUCUGUGUGUGUCAGUUCUCUCAACAAAUGAUUUUGAGGUGAAAAGACAGCCAACACAUUUUAUCUUCCCCCCAUCUGUAUCGCAGUUUUUCUCUCAAUCUAUAAAGAACCCAUCAAGCCAUCAAUUCCCAUCUCCGCCUGCUUCACUCAAAUCAAUCCAUAAUUCUGUAUCUUAAAAUAUCAUCCAACCUCUCUCUCUCUGUCUCUCUCUCUGUCUCUCUCUCGCCUUCUCUUAAGUAAACAAAUUUCGUUUGGCUCAGAGUGGAUGAAAAGAAGGUGAUAAUUGUCUUUCAAACUCUCAAAAAACUAUUCACCACCCCUUCCCUUAUCCUACUGCCCCAACAGGAAGCUUUUUUGAAAGUCUUUUUAUCUGGUUAGAAUCCUACCAGACACUACAAUAACUCAAAAAAGCAGAUCAAGAAGAAGUAAGAAGAGAACCAAACAAGCCCCUACUUUGUUGAUAUAUACACGACUGAGAUGAACUCCCUUCUUUCCGUCUCCUUUGUUGUCCGGUUCGCUGUUGAGACGCCGCGGAGCAACCAAAUCUCAAACCCAUUUACAGACGUCUUCUGAAAUCAAGAGGGUGUGCGCAAGAAUUCUGAUUUCCGCUGUUAUUUAGUUUUUUUCAGUGCAGAGAAUAUAUUGAGCAAUGGUGACAAAUCUUCAUCAUCGUCCGCACCGCCUGCUUCUCGACACAGACUCGAGCACGCCGCCAUCCAACGGAAGUAGGAAUGAUCGCGUGUACGCCAGCGAGGCAAACUUCGAUACCAACAUGGUGAUUAUCCUCGCAGCCUUGCUCUGUGCAUUAAUAGGCGCGCUGGGGCUAAAUUCAAUCGUGCGUUGCGCUCUAAGAUGCAGCCGUAGGUUUGCUUUUGAAACACCGGAUGAGACCGCCGCUCGUCUAGCCGCCACCGGCCUUAGAAAGAGUUCAUUGCGUCGGAUCCCCGUGGUAGUAUAUGGGUCGUCAUCGGGGCCAAAUAUUCCGGCCACAGAUUGUCCUAUUUGCAUUGGGGAAUUUGUAGAUGGCGAGAAGGUUAGAGUGCUGCCAAAAUGCAACCACGGCUUCCAUAUGAGGUGCAUCGACACAUGGUUAGCGUCACACUCAAAUUGUCCAACUUGCCGGCAGUCGCUGCUAGACCAACCGACGAGCUCUGACGCCGGUGUUGCUGAUGCUGGAAUCCAGAAUCAUACAAAUGAAAUAUCAGAGGGACAAGUGGAUGUGCCAAUAGCUGUGGAUGUUCAUGAGGUAAGUUAAAUCUUGACCAACUUCAAAGAUUUCACAAAUCACAACCCUCCAUUUCUACUUUUUUUUUUUGUUCUUUUUUUUUUUUUUUUCUUUUUUGAUAUUAGUAUUUUCUUUUCAUGUUGUUGGUUUGCUCAUGUAAUUAUGCAUAGAGAGACCAGAGACGUCUUUGCUAGUCGCAAUGUUAAUGCCUACACGAAGGGUUUCUGUAUAUGAUUAGUGUGAUAAUUAAACAAAUUAGUAUUUGGAAUGUUU